GCUGUACCUCAGGAGCCUAGACCAAAGAGAAACCAUAUUCGUUUGCUCCUCAACAAACAUUUAAACCAAACGAAGUGGAAUAACUAUAAGCUAUACCUGAACUCAUCUCAGGUGAUCCCCAGUGUAUAUGACAUGGCUUCCGACCAGUCGAGAUAUGCCAUACAUGCUGCGGCGAGGGAGGGCAAAGUCACCGUCGUCGAGUCUUUACUAAACGCAGACCCAAAACUCGCUCGUCUCAAAGAUGACGACGGCCGCCUCCCUAUACACUGGGCUGCGUCUGCGAACAGCCAACCCAUAGUGUUGAUGUUGGCCCAACAGAAAGACUUCGAUCCGGAUGUUGAAGAUGGCAGCGGCUGGACCCCCUUGAUGAUCGCGGCGAGCGUAAAAGAUGGCGGCGCAGUGGUCGAGCUACUCCUCUCAAGAGGUGCCGACGUAAACCAGAAGAACAAUAACGGACAGGUGCGUUGCAGGGCUAAGAUGUUUGAAUGGACUUAUAGACCGGUUAUUGAUACCAGCACAGACAGCUCUCCACUUCGUCGCUUCCAAGAGCAACCUCGACGUAGCUCGUAAGCUGCUAGAUCACAAGCCCCCGGCUUCCACCCGUGUCAGGGACAAGCGCGGCCAGUAUCCGAUUCACCGAGCGGCGGCCGUUGGCUCGGUUCCCAUGGUUAACCUGCUGUUACAAAAUAAAAGCCCGCUUAAUGCGACUGAUAACUCGGGGUACACGGCUUUGCAUCAUGCGGUUGCUGAAGGUCACGGAGAUACCGCGGUCGCCCUACUCAAGGCUGGCGCUGAGUUUG